CAGGCUGCGCGUGCGUUCCCAAGAAAGAAACCGACCUUUUUUUGACUGUUCUGCCAAAAUGGAGCGGUCACGUGCCGCCUAUUUCACCCAGAAGGAACUGAACAUUAUUUUGGAGAGCUUUGAACAAUACAGAGACAUCAUCACAACUAAAGGCAACACUGCUGCUGCCAAUAAGGCAAGAGAGGAGUGCUGGAAAAAAAUUGCUGAUCGUGUAAAUUCCUGCGGUACGUGCAGCGUGCAACGGACGUGGCAGCAGAUAAAGACCAAGCACAAGAACAUCCUCCAGAGUGCAAACAGGAGGGAAAAAUAUGAAAAGAGGAAGAUAGCCGGGGGACCAGCUCUGGUGGAUGUCACAGAUUCAGAGGAGCCGGCUCCUUCGCCCAGUCGAGAGUGUCCAAUCACAGAGGGAACACAAGGGGACGUUACGUCUGUCACUGGUGCUGGUGGCUCCCAGCAAAAUGUGUACGUCCAAGUCGUGGGAGAUACUAUGGUUUUGCUGGAGUCACCACCAGCACACACUCAUAUUGAUCCCCAAACAAAGGAGGACAUCAAUGAUGAGGCGACACACUCAGGGCUGACUGGAGAGGAAGGUGUACAAUACUCCCCUCAGCGUGUGGCCUCCACCUCUACGUCCCCAGAAACACAAAAAGUUGGAACAGACACUGUGACGGCGUUAUAUAAAAGAAACUUGGAACUGGACAACAUUAAAAAAGAAUUGGAAAUAAAAAAGCUCAAAUUAGAAAUAGAGCAACUGGAGAAGCAAAGACACAGCAUCUUCUCGAACGAAUAAAAAUAUAAAACACAUUCUGUGAUCCUCCGCAAAGUUCAAGUUGAAAUAGUCAAACACAAGCUUACAAAUCCAAAUGAAAGUCGUAACACCUUCAUGCUACAUUCACG